GGUUUGGAUUUGAAGCUGCCUCCUCCUAUACCCCUUGUCGUGCUCCUCUCCCCUCAAACACCCCCUUCCCCCUGGGGAAAGGGGCCGCUUUAUUGUGGAGAAGGACAAUCCCCUGCAGGUCCUGAACUCCACCUGCCCUUCCCCAUAAACACCACGGCUCGUAAGGAAACACUCAUUAAAGAGAGCGCCAGCCCGUGAUCAGGACCAGAGGGGGGCCAAAUCCGGCUGCGAAGUGCAAUUGAUGGGGAGGAGGAGCUGAGGAAGCAUCGGGGCGCCAGCCCUGCAUGGAGCCUACAUCAGAGGGCGACCCCCUGCCCGUUUGAAACCGGGCCGCGUGUUCACAGAUUGCAAGUUGACAAAGGGUGGUGGAGUUGGAUCCUUCCUAAACUCUCCUGCCUGGAACCUGAGACUUGCAUGCCAUGGAUCACACACUCUUUGGCUGCCUGCGCAGCCCUCAUGCCACCGCACAGGGCUUGCACCCGUUCUCACAGUCUUCUCUCGCCCUGCAUGGAAGAACUGACCAUAUGUCCUACCCCGAGCUGUCUACUUCUUCCUCCUCGUGCAUCAUAGCGGGAUACCCCAAUGAAGAGGGCAUGUUUGCCAGCCAGCAUCACAGAGGGCACCACCAUCACCACCACCACCACCACCAUCACCACCAGCAGCAGCAGCAGCACCACCAGGCGUUGCAGACGAACUGGCACAUUCCUCAGAUGUCUUCUCCCCCCGCCGCUGCCAGGCACAGCCUCUGCCUGCAGCCCGACUCAGGAGGUCCCCCGGAGCUGGGCAGUAGCCCCCCAGUCCUGUGUUCAAACUCCUCCAGCCUGGGCACGAAUACCCCGACGGGGGCUGCCUGUGCUCCCGGGGACUAUGGCAGGCAGGCGCUGUCCCCAGUGGAAACAGAGAAGAGGUCCGGCAAAAGGAAAAGCGACAGCUCAGAUUCCCAGGAAGGAAAUUACAAAUCAGAGGUCAACAGUAAGCCUAGGAAGGAAAGGACAGCCUUUACCAAGGAGCAAAUCAGAGAGCUAGAAGCAGAAUUUGCCCAUCAUAACUACCUGACCAGGCUGAGGAGAUAUGAGAUAGCAGUAAAUCUGGACCUCACUGAAAGACAGGUAAAAGUUUGGUUCCAGAACAGACGAAUGAAAUGGAAGCGGGUAAAAGGGGGCCAGCAAGGGGCAGCAGCCCGGGAAAAGGAACUGGUGAACGUGAAAAAGGGCACACUGCUUCCCUCAGAGCUUUCUGGAAUUGGUGCAGCUGGCCUCCAGCACACGGGGGACUCACUAGCAAACGAUGACAGCCAUGAUAGUGAUCACAGCUCUGAGCACGCACACUUAUGAUACACAAAGAGGAUCCCAGCUCCGUUCUCAGGAAAGAAAUGCUAUGAUGGCAUGCCUUCCACGGGCAUCGUUUACGUAUGCAAGUGACUCUGGCAGUGAUUUUUUUUUUAAAUGGUUAUUAAAAAUUCAAGCUUAUUGUGUCUGCUUUUCUUGAUUUUUAGAUGGUUUACAGUAAGUGCCAUGUCUUAGUGGUUCCUCAAGAGUGGGAAGCGGAAGAUGAACUUGCUUUGAACAUUCCAGAUUUGUUUGUCAUGUUUAUGGACAGCGGGCAGGUAUUUUUGCUUUAGCUUGCACUGAAAAUUACAUUGCUUUCAACAGAGGUUAUAUUCUGAAAAAACCACAGUGCCACAAAAUCACUGUCUAGUGGAUAAGAAAUGUAUUUUAACUCUGUAAAUAUUUAUCUUACAGCAUUUUCCUGUCUUCACUAAUUUUAGUAAUGCAUUAAUAUUAGCUGAUGGCAAUAAUCACUCAUGAUGAUAAACGGCUUCUUGUCUCUUUAUUUUUGUUUUGUUGUCCCCAAAACAGACAAUACAUGUAAACAAUUGUGUUCAAGUAAAGAACAAUACUGUAGUGUCUGAUAGGGCACGUCCUUGUACCACAGACAAAACAAACCUUAUGUUGCAUUUACUUUCAACUGCUGCUAAUAGGGUAUUAUUAAACUUACCUUGCUCCUCAAUUCUUCUUAUCUUAUAACUGCCAGAAUGAUUUUUAGGAUCAUAAGGAUAGUCCAGUGACCUGCCAGAAAUAACAUCAUGUUCCACUCGUGUUAGGAAUUUAUUUCCACCACCCCUACCCCUAAAAAUGUACACGUUACUUCUACAUCCUAGUUGAGUACAUUGGGAAGCACUCAGCAGAAGUAUUGUUUUCUCAUCUUCUGAUUUUAAAACCAGCGGAUAAGUUGAGUUGGCUGCUUAUGUUGGUAGAAAUCAAAAUUAUGAUGAUAACUCUGAUACUAUGUCCCAAGUGUAAAUUCAAGACACAUUUUCUGUUACAGACUUGUGUGUAAAUACAGGCGAACACCAAAAAUCAAAUUUACCAAAACACUGAUUGUACUUUGUAAAGAAAAAAUGUUUAA